AUGUCCCGCCAUCGCAUUGUCCACACGUUCAAUGCGAACGACAUCGUAUCCGAAUUCGACGGCGAUGAUUACGAAGAAGAAGAGGAUGAGCUCAGCCCUGAGGAUCGUCAGGCCAUGGACAAUGGAACUGCCCAAGUCCGCACAGCGCUUGGAACCGAAGCAAACAAGGUCACCAAGACUCAGAUCGAGGAAGCCCUAUGGCAUUACUACUACGACGUUGACAAGUCAGUCACGUAUCUGAUCAAGACAUUCAUCGCCCCUGCCCCAAAGCCAGCCAAGAAAGCCCCAGAAGACCACGGGCGUCUGUCAAAUGGAUACACCUUGGGCAUCGACACUCCACGAGCCAACCCAGUCCCUUCUUGGUAUUUCGACGACAUGCCGUGGUGCAAUACACCCCAAGACCGCCAGACCAUCUUUAUCGAGCCGGAUCGUCCUCGAGGCGGGUUGCUAGGAGGUUCAGAGGAGCCUCCAAAAAUGUCAAAACUUCAAGCUCUAGCAGCUGCGAGGAAGCGAAAGAACGAGGAGAAGAAGGAACACGAGAGAGUGACCAAGGGCAUCAAGACGCUCUCUAUUGCCGACCAGAAAGAAAACAAAGCACCACGACGUCAGGCUCUCAAACCACCUACGAUCACUCCGGUUGAAAAGCCUGUGGAGCCUGAACCUGUGUCUGUACCUCAGCCUGAGCCAGAACCCGCCAAAGAAGACUUUUACAAGAAGCUUCUCGCCGAAAUGCCCAUCAUUCCUCCUCGAGCCCGCCCGUCUGCCUUUGCUCAGACACUCUGUGGAUCUGCUCCGGCCAAACCCCAACAACCCGAAUUCUUUCCAAUGCCAUACACACGCUCCCCCUUCUUCAACGCCAAAGCCUUCGCCGAGCCCAGUCCAGAUCAGGUUGUGCUUGCGGCUCAGGCGAAAGCGGGGAAGAAGCCAGUCAAGGCUCCAGCUGCCAAGAAAUCUCAAAAAGAGAAGGACGUUUCUGGGGUUGAAAAGGAUGUUGCCGAGCUUAAAAUUGUUGAGGCGGCACCACCCAAGAGUAAGGGACUUGAUGUACUCAAGGAGUUUGAAAAUAGUGUCAACAAGAGGAGUAUCAGUUUUGUCGUUGUUGGUAAGUUCUCUCUCCGUACCUACAUGAGCCCUCCUAACGAUCUAGGCCACGUCGACGCUGGAAAGAGUACACUCAUGGGCCGGCUAUUACUGGAACUCAAGUUUGUCGAAAAGCACACCAUUGAUCGGUAUCGAAGGCAGGCCGAAAAGUCUGGCAAGCAGUCUUUUGCUCUUGCAUGGGUCAUGGACCAGAGAAGUGAGGAGCGAGAGCGCGGCGUAACCAUCGACAUCGCCACAAACCACUUUGAGACGGAAAAGACAAACUUUACCAUUCUCGACGCUCCAGGACACCGAGACUUUGUACCCAACAUGAUUGCUGGAGCCAGUCAAGCAGACUUUGCCAUCCUGGUCAUUGACGCAAACACUGGAGCUUACGAGAGGGGCUUGAAGGGGCAGACACGAGAGCAUGUGUUACUUCUACGGAGUCUGGGUGUUCAACGACUGGUCAUUGCCAUCAACAAGCUAGAUAUGGUUGGAUGGUCACAGGAGCGGUUUGAUGAGAUUACACAGCAAGUCACUGGUUUCUUGACUGGCCUCGGCUUUCAGGGCAAGAACGUUACAUUUGUUCCAAUUUCUGGUCUCAAUGGCGACAACCUCGUCCGUCGAACAGAAGCCACGGCUGCAUCUUGGUACACUGGGCCUACCUUGAUUGAUGCCCUCGAAGAUUCGGAGCCCUCCACAACGCGAGCUCUCAAGAAGCCUUUCCGGAUGUCCAUCUCUGAAGUGUUUCGAUCUCAACUAGGUACGACAACGAUAGCUGGGCGUAUCGACUCGGGAUCUAUUCAAGUGGGCGAUGCUCUUCUGGUUCAACCAAGCGGAGAAGAGGCAUACAUCAAGUCCAUCAUGGUGGACUCGGAUAUGCAAGACUGGGCGGUUGCUGGACAAAGCGUCAGUAUCGCUCUGACAAACAUCGACCCCAUCCACAUUCGAGUCGGUGACAUGCUCUGCCACACAGCAGACCCCAUCAACUGCAGCGACACAUUUACCAUGAAGGCCAUGGCAUUUGAUCAUCUCAUGCCCAUGCCUGUGGACCUCCACCGAGGAAGACUGCAUUCGGCUGGCCAGAUUUUGUCCAUUACAGCAACCCUCGACAAGGCGAGUGGAGCAAUCAUCAAGAAGAAGCCCAGAGUUGUUCAGCCUGGUGGUGUUGCACGAGUUGUCAUCAAGCUGGCAGCAAAGGUUCCCCUGGAGCCAGGACAGAGAGUUGUGAUACGGAGUGGUGGCGAGACUGUUGCGGCUGGACUAUUAGAGUGA